AUGAAUAAGCUUUUAGCAAUGGGAAUGUUAUCUUUAAUAAUGAUUGGAAUCACUUAAUAUUUUGAUAAUUCAGAAUUAAAUCUCUAAUAGAGAUUUGAAAUUUAUACAAGAAAAUAUGGUAAAUUUUAUGGUCCUUCUGAAAAGAUCUUUAGAACUAAGAUCUACGAAGAAAGAAUUAAAUUAUUUGAAGCUCACAAUUCUGAUAAAACUUAAACUUAUACUAUGGGAGAGAAUUAAUUUACUGAUUUAACCUAAGAAGAAUUUGAGUCCAUUUAUUUAAGAAGAAGAUCUUAUUAGAAAUAAUAAUUUGAAAAUUAUGUAUCAACUUCUGAAACAAACUUAUCUUCAGCAAAUUGGGAAGGUUUAACUGCUAUCAAAGAUUAAGGUUAAUGUGGAGCUGGUUGGGCUUUUGCAGCAAUAGGAGCAGUCGAAUCAAUUUUAAGAAUUGAUGGUAUCACAGAUAANUUUCGAAAUAAAUUAAUUAAAUUUAUAUGA